GGUGGACUGGUGCCAGCCAGUCCAAAGGCCAGAUGCGGUGGCGGCUCUAGUCGCACGCGUGCGAGAGAGACGUUCACGAUACUCGGCGUGCGGUACUCCUCUUGCCAGACGCGAAACGCGCGUCGCAUACGUACACGCACAUAUAUACAUGCGACGGUGACCAGCGUACUAGCGGUCAUCCUUCGGUAGUGAUUCCGUGCAGGAUUUUCGCGAGGGAAUCGAGAGCGAGUUUGCGCGUCUGUGGACGAAGGAAAAUUAAAUUGACGAGACGACGAGGCAUUGUCCUGCUCCGAAGGGAGAUAAAGGACGGCGAGCUCCGUCUUGGAAAAACACAUUUCCUAGGAUACCACGCGCCUCGCGGCGAUCUCUUCCUCUUGAGUAACGAGGAGAGGGCGAAGAUCUCAAAUUAGACGGCGAUAGUCACGCACGGAGCACCCGCGCGACAAAUCGAUUUGUUCUUUGAGGGUAACCGACAGUGGGUUUCUCGUGAAAUCCGCAGUACAAGGGAGAUCCACCAGCCGACGAGACAAGGAGUGGUGGUCUCAUUCAAGACGUUUGACGAAGGAACGACUCCCGGAUAACCAAUGAGGAUCCAGGAAGCAUCACCGACUUUCGACAGCCAUCUGGAAGAGAGUAUUCUAUCGGGGUGGCUUGGCGGGGGAUUGCCUCGUAGCAUGUCUUCUAUUCGCAUCAACGUGGAGGAGGUUUCCAACGGCGGCGAGGAUAUCGUUAGAGACAUCGGGACGACGGCGGCGACGGCGGCGGCGGCAACAACAACAACAACGGCGGUAGCUGCCGCCAACCCGCUUUCCUGGCAUAUCCCAAGGCCGUCCUUGGUCGGGCGCAGUGAGAGGGACAGCGAAAAUGGAAGCUGGGUUCAUCACUUGCAUCCAAACUCCCCCUCGAGAGGGUCGACGUCGUCUCAAGGAUCCACCGCCAGUACACACAGCGCCGCGUCGGGAACGUUGCUACUCACGGCCGCGAAUCUGGCAAAUUUCGCCGCUAUACAUCCGCCCACGGUGACGGCGCCGAAGCAGUUAGACACCGCCUCGGUGGCCAGCAGCACCCACUUCACGGUCGUGAACGGUCUCGGCAGACCGGCCACCGUCUACAGGAAGUCCUGGUGCGCGCGAAAUCAGCUCACCGUUCUCGUCUGCACCAUGAGUUUUCUGUUCAUGGUCGGUCUACUCGCCGGGAUCCUUUACAUGGAAAUGAGGGCUCGCGACAAGUACAACUAGGCCGAGGGUGAGCGAUAGGAGGAGAAAACGGCGACGACACGUGACCGUGAACGAUGAUAAUGAUGAUGACGAUCGUGAUAGAAAUGAAGAAGACGACUACUGCGGAGAGAACGGAGUUGGGAAAAUCGUUUCCACGAGAACGACAGCGAACGAAAGAGAAAGAGAGAGAAAGAGAGAAGAUCCAGUCACGAUUUAUUAAUUUGACUUACUCAUAUUUAUACGUAUAUGCACGUCUGCGUUGUAAGCCGUUCAGACCGCUCUUGGUCAGUAGACGUUCCCGGCGAUUAGAGUCUUAAGUAUGUAUACUGUAUUGCACCGCGACAAAAGUGUGGUACGUGAAAAAUCAGUAAUUACAUUUGUGUAAUGAGCGACGUACUGUUAAGGGAUCGACGAGAUCCCCGCGACGGGAUACUUGCGUAUUUAUGCUGGAAUUCAACGGAUUCUUCGGAUCCGCGCCGCGAGAUGCGAUUCGACGAGUAACGUAAUAACUUUAUAUGCUAAUUAACUUCUUACCGCGUAGCGCGUGUCAUGUAGAGCACAAACGGGGCGACUUUCUCUGAAAUUUCCUAACUGUUUCACCGUUGCGAUUGUGACACCUCUCUGCACACCGCAUAUUUUUCCGCGUAGAAAGAUACAUGUGGUAAGGGGUUACGGACGACAGUGACACGUGACGUAUAGUCAGCGAUUGCUCCGACUAAUUAAACGCGAUCUUUUUCGCGCGGCGAGUAAACCUCCUCCUGGUUAGCUCUCAAUCGAUUUAUCGCCCAUCGUAAAUCGCGCCAUCAUUAUCGAGAGCCGACGGCGGGGAAUACGACAAAAUAUCACUCGAGUGUCACUGAUCCUAGUCGUCCAACGAAAUCUCAAAUCUAAUAGUAUUUUUUUUUUGGUUUAACGAGUACCGACGGACAGUUUGAAGCAAUCGACGAGACGGGACCGAGAUAGCAAAUAAUCUAUGUAGGGCCUGUAAUUUUAUGUUCACUAACAAGCCGCCUUAAUCGUAUCUGGAUUUCCGUCGGAUUGUUAUUCCGAGAGCGAAUGUGAACGGAAAAGCAAUGAAGGGCGGUCGCGUCGAUCGCUUUUCGCGUCUGUGAUAUUACUUGCGUAUUAAUCGUCGAUUCAACAAGAAACUGUCAAAUACA